AUGGCUAAAUACCGGGUUGGAGAGUUCAUCAAAUUCAAUCCCAAGCACGGUAGAUUGGAAGUGUGUCCGUGUAUUGACGUCGAGAAGACCCCAGCAUCGACCAUAGAGGAGAAAUCGUCGAAGUCAUGGCCGACGACAAAGGAACACCCACGGGGAGUUACAUGGCAAGUACAAUAUCCUUCUCUUUUCCCAAUCGGCCAUUUACGGGGAAAACUGAUGCUUGUCUAG